AUUAUCAAACAUAAUGGACAACGAGCACGGGUCCGAACUGGGAACUCAAGAGUACUGGGAAUCCAGCUACAAUCGUGAGAUUAAGAACUACAAAAGCCACGGGGAUGUGGGCGAAAUCUGGUUCGACGAGGAUUCGCAGCAGCGGGUGAUCGACUGGCUGCUGAAGCAGGAGGAGAUCACCAAAGAGGCGCGGGUGUUAGACCUUGGCUGCGGCAAUGGCAUGUUCCUCGUGGGGCUGGCCAAUGAAGGAUUCGGUCAGCUGACCGGCGUGGACUAUUCCCCCAAGGCCGUCGAGUUGGCCCAGCACAUUGCCCAGGACAACAAACUGGACAUCAGCUACAAGGUGGCGGACUUGACCCAGCCCCAGGACGAGCUGGGUACCUUUGAUGUGGUGCACGACAAGGGAACCUAUGAUGCGGUCAGUCUCUGUCCCGACAGUCCCAAGGAGAAGCGUGCUCUUUAUCUGGCAACGGUGGAGAAAUUGUUAUGCAGCGCAGACAGCCUUUUCGUAAUCACAUCCUGCAACUGGACGGAGGAUGAGCUGGAGCAGAGCUUUGCCAAGAAGUUUGUUAAAUACCACAGUAUUCCCACACCGACCUUCAAGUUUGGUGGCAAAGUGGGCAACGUGGUGACGUCAGUUGUGUUUAAGAAGCUUUGAAUAAAAGUAAAUUGAAAAUUUGUA